AGAACUCAUCAUUUAAAAUAAAUUAUUUUUAUAGGGAAAAAUUUCGAACGGUGUGUUUAUUGAAUAAUAAUAAAUAAAAUAAAAUGGGGAACUUGGGAUCGACUUAGGAGAUUUUUGGUCGCCGGCGUGAGUGUCAUCGAGAUUGUGAGAAGCAGAAUGGGGAUCAGAUUCAUUCUCAUGGUGAACAAGCAAGGUCAAACCCGCCUCGCUCAGUAUUACGAAAAUCUUACUCUUGAAGAACGUCGAGCUCUUGAGGGUGAAAUUGUUCGCAAAUGUCUCGCUCGUAACGAACAACAGUGUUCCUUUGUCGAGCAUCGCAACUAUAAGAUUGUAUAUAGGCGAUACGCAUCUCUCUUUUUUCUGGUUGGAGUUGACAAUGAUGAAAAUGAACUGGCAAUAUUGGAAUUCAUUCACCUUUUGGUUGAGACCAUGGACCGUCAUUUUGGGAAUGUGUGUGAGCUAGAUAUAAUGUUCCAUCUAGAGAAAGCACAUUUCAUGCUGGAGGAGAUGGUCAUGAAUGGGUGUAUUGUAGAAACAAGCAAGUCAAACAUUCUAUCCCCAAUUCAACUGAUGGAGAAAUCAUCAUGAAAAGCUACCACUUGUUUUCUUUGGUGCAAAAUCUUGGCUGUCUUUACACAGUACUUCAUUAAGGUAUAAGAUUAAUGUCAAUGAAUUCAUUUGAUGACGUUCAAAAUGAGUAAAUAUUUGAAUCUAAUUUCGUUCUCGAUGAA